AUGGCUCUGCGCAUUCCCGCCACCGAGCAAUCCAACUUCGAAACCUUCCGCGACUGCGUGAGCGAGCCCGUGUUGAAAGCGCUGGCGGCACCGAGUGAAAAGGCCAAGCCGAAGGAGAAGAAGAAUAAGAAGAAGAAGAAGAGAAAUGCACAGAAUGGAUUAAGAGACGGGAAGAAUGGAGUGGAGGAGCAAAGUGACAAUGAGGGUAGUCAGGAGCUUGGAGCUGCCGACGACGCAGAGGACUUGGCUGAAUUCAUCCAGUACCUCAGCACCGUCCUCUUCACCAAUCUAGCGCCAGACCUCCGCACCCUCAACGCAACCCACUUCGCAGCGUCCGCCGCGCUGCAAAAACAGUACUCGGCGCCCGUCAGCCCCGCGACGAGCACCGAGCUCGUAAACAGCAUUCCGGCCUCUGUACUCGACAGCCUGGAAGCCUACGGCGUGUUACCGCUAGCCUCGGACGCCGGCGAGCAUGCCAGACUGAUGGUCCCGCUGGUGUCAGCGUACAUAGCCAGCGUGACAGCAGCGCCGGCUCACGGCCGCAGCUCGCGCGCACAGGUAGCAGCGUGUGAGUUGUGUGCGCGCGACUGGGUGCCGCUUACAUAUCACCAUUUGGUUCCGCGGGCGGCGCAUGCGCGGGUGCGGAAGCGCGGGUGGCAUGGCGAGGAGCGGCUGCAGAGCGUGGCGUGGUUGUGUCGUGCGUGUCAUAGUUUUGUGCAUGGGCUGGCGGGGAAUGAGGAGCUGGCGAGGAGGUUUUAUACCGUCGAGUUGAUUCGGGAGGGGGGCACGGAGAGGGAGGCGGAUAAGAGGGAGAGGGUGGAGAGGUGGGUUAGGUGGGUGGGCGGUGUGAGGUGGAAGAGUCGGUGA